ACCAGGUGGGUCCGCCCCUGCAGCCGGGGCGGUGCUGGCGGCCGCGCUCCGACCGGCGGCGGACACCGAGCGAUCCUCCGCUUCGUAUCGGUACCGCUGUGCUGCUGGGCCGGGCGGACAUGGACGGCGGGGGGGACGGAGGGACGCGAUCGGCGGGGAGCAGCCCCGUGCCCAGCCCCGGGUCCCCGGGGGGCGAGGAGCCGUUAAUGAAGCGACAGAGAACCGUGGAGGAUUUCAACCAGUUCUGCACCUUCGUGUUGGCCUACGCCGGGUACAUCCCGUACCCCGAUGAGAACGAGCCCUGGGGCCACGGCGGCAGCAUGAGCCCCCAGAACAGCACGGGGAGCACACAGGACAGCGAUAGCUGGGCCUCCUCUCACUCCUCUGAUAUCCAUCUCCUGGCUGAUGACAGGAGCAGCCGGAGCGCGGCCAGGGGGGCUGCAGACAGCAGCCUGCUUCUGGGCUGCACUGCCUUCCCCACUGGAUUCUAUGACGUCCGGCCCCAGCAGGUGAAGCGGAAGAAGCCACCGGUGAAGAAACUGAUCUUGGAGCAGGAGGUGGAGAAGCUGAGCGCCGGGAAGAGCUUUGGGUCAGAGCAGGAGCGUGGGACGGAGCUGGCUGCGCUGGAGGGACGGGUGCUGCCUGGGAAAGAAGAGUUCUUGGAGCCCUCCUUCAGCCUGGCUGGGGACACACAGCCUCGUGCCCUCCUGGAGGAGCUGAUGAAGGAGGAGAAGGACUGGGAGCACGGAGCACAGGGAGCAGGGAAACCAGCAGGAGACGAUGUGCAGCUGAAGGAGCAGGAGCAGUGCUCCGGAGGGAGGAAAAGCCCCGGUUCUUGUACUACCUUGGACCAAAGCGAAGGGGAAGACGCAAGCAGAGGGAGCUCACAGCUCAGCGCAGAUGAAUUUGCAGCAGCUCCCAACACCAAAGCAGAAGACGAUGACGCCUGGGAUCUGAUCACCUGCUUCUGCCUGAAGCCCUUUGCGGGGAGGCCCAUGAUUGAAUGCAGCGAGUGCGCUACCUGGAUCCACCUCUCUUGUGCCAAGAUCCGCAAAUCCAACGUGCCUGAGAUCUUCAUCUGCCAGCGGUGUCGUGACGCCAAGCAGGAGAUUCGCCGCUCCAACAGAGCGCGGACGGUGCCCCGCAAGCGCUUCUGUGACUGAGCAGGGGGGCUGGGAGGGAAGGGGCCCCUCUUUACACCUCAGGCCGUAGCCCAAUCUGGCUAGACAAUCAAUGCAGUAACGGCAGGGGAAGGGCUGGGCUGUGGUGUUGGGCUGUCCCCCUUGUUGCUCCUUGUCUCCUGGGCGUUGUGUUGAUCACGGAGCUCAGUUACCCCUGAGAUGUUGGGGGAGAGGAGCCGUGCGUUGGGUCACUCAGACACAUCUCUGUCCUUGCACAAACCUGGCUCGGUGCCUUCCCCCCAGGCCAGCUGAGGAGAACCUAGUUCAGAUAGUUUCCAUGUGGCGUGGUGGAAGCUUACUCUUAUUCUAAGUUGUGGCUCUCAUCCUCCUUCAUCCAUCCUCACCAUUGUCCUUGCCUGAGACCUUCAGGUGGGCUGCGAUGGCGAAGCCCCAGUGACCCAAGUUCUCUUCCAGGAUGUAGAUACAGCCCAGGCAAACUUCCUCUGUGUAGUGUGCUGCUCUCUAGGAUGAGAGGAAGGAAUGAAUAUCGGCCCUGCCCGACCCUGGAGCAAACCAGGCUGCUCCGUGUUGGGCAUUAGGUGUCCAUCUCUGGCUCAUCAGCCCCUCAGGCUGCACAGGGGAGGCCCUGCCCCUGUUGUAUGGUGCUUCUGAUUUCAGCUGCUGUGCCUGAGACCUCAGGGUAGUCCCACUGGGCAAAGAACGGCGUGCAGCAAGGGCGUCCUAUGGUAGAUUGUUAGACAAGUUGUUCUUUGAGUCCUCUUGGUUCACAUACUCCGGUUGCACUAAAGUCUCCUGUCUGAAACAGAUGUGAGGUUGGUGGUAGGGAACCCAGCUACCCUCAGAGCGAGUAGGGCGUGGGAUGAGCAGUGGGAAGCAUUCUGUUGGUUAUCCAUGUUUCUAACAGUUGAACCUUGUACCCUGCGGCCAUCUCCUGCCUGCAGGUGGAGCAUCCGCGUGAUGCUGAGAGCUGAGCUGGGACAGAGCUGGCUUUGCUUCUGAGCGUGCCCCUCCAGCACAGAAAUGGUUUUGUUGGCUGUUCUUUUGUAUUAUUACUUCUUUUCUUGACACUUAAGAGUGAAGUUUGAUGUCAGGAACAGGCCCUGAGCCCCUUUUGCUAUGCAACUGCUGCUCCAGAGGUGCAGGACCUACCUUCCAGUUCAGAGUGGAAGGCGUUUCCCCAAGCAAUGUGUGCGCUCUGGGGCCCUGCGUUCACUCACUGUCCAAAUCCUCCUUCACAGCCCCUCCAAAGAGCCUGGCCCGGUGCCUUCUGCACUUUCUGGGUGGGGAAUACAGACCCCGCUGCUGUCCCAUUGCCCCCUGGCCCUGGCACUCUGCUGCUGGAGCAGGGUGUGGGGCAGCCCCAACUCGCUGUACAUCCCAUCACUGCUUCUCUUAGCUGGGUUCUCUCCUACUUGCACAUCUGGGUUACUAUGGGACCAUAGCUGGGGGAGGUGAGGGGGCAGCCCCCCGCCACCUGGCGAUCCCCAGGCUCAUCCCCUGUGCCUCUCCUGUGGAAAGCCUGGGCCCCGAAAGUGCUUUAUGUUUUUUAUAGUUACUUUGUAUUGAUAUGUAAAAUAGCAAAUUCUGGUCCUUGCCCUGUGGAGUGUGGCUGGAGUCAUAUGUACAUAAUAAAGUACUUUUGCCAUAAU